AUGCCGAGCCCGGAGAAGGAGAACGCGCCGCCCGAGGCCAAGGACGCCGGCCUGGCGCCGACGCUCGACAUGCACCUCAAGGUGAGCGAGCCCGACGACCUCGACGAGUCGGAGCUCGCGGCCAUGGAGGCCAAGCUCCACCGCCGCGGCGAGGCCAAGGUCGACGCGAACGACGACGACGCGCUGGCCGACGAGCUCGCGGCCUUGGAGGCGCAGGUGAAGUCGCGCGCGGCGUCGGCCGCGGCGCCGGCCGAGGGCAAGGAGACGAGCCUCGAGGCGGACCUCGCGCUGGAGGAGUCGAAGCUCGAGGCGCGGCAGCAGGAGGUCUUGCGCCGGGCCGUCGCCGACGCCGGCGGCGCCGCGCCGUGCCGCUGGCUCGGCGGGUCCUUCGUGAGCUACGGCGCCGCGCCGGCGCCGGAGCGCGCGCCGGCGCCGGAGGACGACGACGACGACGACGACGACGACGACGAGCCGCCGGAGUCGUCGCGGAGCUCGGAGGCGUCGGAGGAGGUCGGCCCGGAGGCGCGGCGCCAAGCGAUCCGCGAAUUGGCCAAGCACCUCCAGUCCCUCGCGUCGACCGUGGAGCAGGAGCACGCGAAGCGCGCCCGCGCGCCCAAGGUGCGCGCGCCGGCGAUGAUGCUCAAGCUCGAGGACGAGGUCGAGACGCUCAAGAAGUCGCGGGAGCGGUCCGGCGACGCGCUGAGCCUCCUGCGGCAGGGCGGCGGCCUCGGCGACCCGCGCGGCGCGGGCGCGGCCCACGGCGCCAUCCUCGAGGCGGCGAUCAUGAUCGCCCAGUCCGACGUCGCCGUCAUCGAGGAGGCGGACGUCGUCCGCGCGCUGCGGCGCGACGUCGACAAGCACGUCCGGGCGCUGAAAAAGGCGCUCCGCCGGGCCGACGGCACGCACGACCGGCGCGGCGCCCGCGACGCGCGCGACGCCUACGUGCCGCCGGAGGAGCCGAAGCGCGGCGGCGGCUUCUCCGAGAUCCGCAAGCCCCGGCCGCGGCCGCGGCCCGUGUACCGCGGGCCGGGCCACAACGAGCGCGACCGCCAGUACGAGGACGUCGUCGUCGUCCGCCGCCAGGACGGCCUCGCCGUGAAGCGGCCCCACUACCUCAAGCCGGCGGCCGCGCCCAAGAAGGCGCCGGGCCGCGUCUGCCGCGGCGCGCCCCAGGUCUCCCGCCACUGCCACGGCUACGUCCCCAACGACGACGACCUCGCGUCCCUCGCGCUCUGA